CAGUACUUUAUGUUUCAUUUAUUUAGAGACAUAUAUAACGUUAGUGUUAGGGUCAACACCUAACCCUAAUAUUAUAUAGUUAUUAUAUAUAUGUGUCCUUGGUUUCAUGUGUUAUAGUGAACUUUUACCAAUAAAAUGUAUUCUAGUACCAGUGACAUAUAUACUGAAUGUCUCCGAUAUACUUAAGAAAUGAACUCAAUAUCUACCCAAGUUAUACUCGUAUAACCUGGAUUGGGGCAAUUUACGUUUUAAUAUUGCAUCUCGGAACAUUUUUGUUAAUUUAUACAUGUAUUCCUGACAGGUUUAUAUGAUGCUGUGGAUUCAUCAGUAUUCGCUUAUUUUGCUUUUUUAGGUGAUCUACGUAAUUAAUAUUCAUUGAUAUGCAAUUUAUGAUAACAACUUGUGUUGAUGGGAUUAAUUUAAUGGCCACGAAUUUUUGUAGCUGCAGGUUAGUAGCUCCCAGUCGGAAAAAAUUCUGAUAAUCGAGGUCGUCCAUCUGAUUUUUAGCUCACCUGAACUUUUCUCUAAAACCAGUGGGCCAAAUUUAACUAAACUUGGUACAAAGCAUCCUUAUAUGAAUGAUAUUCUAAAUAAUAAAUAAAGGGUGUAAUCCUUUUUAAAAGGGAGAUAAUUGCGAAACAGUGAGUAUAGGGUGUGUGUCUUUCACAAUCUUCUUCAGGAUCCUUAAAUAAUAUAAUCAAUGAAGGCGUGACCACCGGACUAAUACUGGGGCCCCAAAAGGGUUCAAAGUUUAACAUAGAAGUAUAAAUUAUAGAAAUUGUUUAAAAUUUUCUUUUCGGGAACUACAAAUCUACAAUUUGUGAGAUUACUAAGCAAACAUCCUAAGACAGUGUAGAUUCUAAAUUGCAAACUAAGAACCACGGAACAAUACUUGGGCCCCAUAAAGGGUUCAAAGUUUAAAAUAGAAAUAGCAUAUGCUUCGAAAUAGAAUGUUACUGUAAGAAACGGUAACAGUUGUUCAGGUGAGCGAUGUGGCCCACGGGAGCUACAGACCUGCAGCUAGAAUUUUUGUAACCUUGAGUCUGGCUCCACUAAACUCGGGAAAAUUGAUGCUCACAAAUUUAAAUUAAAUCACAGUAGGUUAUUAAUGGAAGAAAAUUGUGCAAGUCUACAUAUUUUAAUUUGGUUUUUUUUCUUCUGCUUCAGAAAUGCACCUCAUAUGGUUGUUAUAAUUUUCAAAAAUUUAACAAUUCUAGUUAAUUACAAUACCCCCUCGAAUGAACGGACAAACACUUAUUUUGCUUUGUGAACAAAAGAAAUGAACGUUUUCUGACCCAACAAUUUCACGCACAGUGGUACCAUUCAUUCAAUAAAUGCAUUUCCGAAGAUAUCAUCGUCUUUGAAGUCAAUUUAAAGGCGUGAAAAACGACCAGCUGGGCUUGAAAUAAGCUAAAUCGAUUUAUUUUGAUUUCAGUUUUAUUUGUAAAGAAAAUCCAACCCGGUCGCCUCAUGACAUCAAAGUAAGCAAUAGUACAAGAGGUGUCUAUCUGGCUCAUAUUGUUGAACAAAUUCUGACAGUUAACAAAUUUACAAAAGAAAAAAAAAUAUAUUGUUCAGCCUAACUUUGACAAUUAUGUAAAAGGUAGGAAAAUAAAGGUCUCUAUUGCUAUAAAUUAGUUACUUUCAAAUAGCUUUGAAUUGUCCUUUAAACAUCAAUGAAAGAAGAGAAAAUCAAUUUGAAAAAAAAAUAAUGAAUAUUAGAUGAAAACUCAAUGUGAAUUUGUCAUUUCUCAUUUAAUUGCGUAUAGUUCCUUUUUCUUCGGGAUUCAAACGCAGGGGUUUGGAAAGAAUAAUUUGUGUAGAAUCUCGCGGACUGAAAACAAGGAAUAACCAUGUGGGAAUUCCAACUAUACCUAUUUGUGUUUGGCCUGUUGGCAACCCGAGGUGUCUCUGGAUUUUACUACGGAUUAAAUGCUGGAGUCACCCCGGCGGCUGCCGAAUCCUACUGCCAGUCUAUUGGCCUACGAUUGGCUGUUCUAGAAACCCUGGCAGAGUAUGAGGAAGCGAAGACUUUUUUAGAGAAUUAUCAAGCGGAAUAUCAAGAAAGUGGGGAUAAUGUUUGGAUUGGCCUGGAGCGCGACUUAUUGGCACCAACACAUAUAUACAAAUGGACAGAUGGGACACCCUUGACGUACGCCAGUUUCGGAACAUAUCCCUGGAAAGAUGCCAGUACUUCGGUUGAUGAUCAAACCAAGACUUGCAUCAGACUAGACUGGGGAUCGGAGUUGAAGUUCGAGCCCUAUGACUGCACGGAAUCAAUGGACUUUCUUUGUGAAGGAUUCCACCUAGUGACACCCUAUGCUUCAUGGAAUACAGCAAAGUCAGGUUGUGAGGGAAUCAACAUGAGGCUGGCGUCCUUAUCAAACGCCAACGCUAAUGAAGCCGCUGAACAAUUCAUCAAGGUUAAACGAAGAAUAGACCCAGACAGUUAUAAUAGAGUGUGGUUUGGAAUUAAAUGUGUCUCGGGAACCUACUACUAUGAUGACGGAUCCGGAGCCGUGACGUACGGUUCUGAUGAUGAAAACUCCCCAUGGGAUUCCGGUGAACCCAGUGGUUGCGAGUGUGGGGCACUCAGACGUUACGGCUCCGAUGGUGGUCAUUACAAAUGGACGGAAGAAGCUUGUGGCAAUUAUAACCCGUAUCUCUGUAAAGACGAGUUUGUGCCAGUUAAUAUAACUACUACCACACCCAUUUCUACAACAACCACUGCAAUUUCAGAGACAACCACAAAACCCUGGUGGUUUGUAGAAUACAGCGAUGACGGGAAAGCACUCGGAAAAAACGGAUUGACAUUUGACAAAUCGACUCCCCCGGCUCGCUUUGGCUUCAUAGGAAUGGCUAUUGGUUUUAGUGUGUUCUCCUUCAUCAUCGCCGUCAUCUGCAUGCUGUGGUUUUGGUGUAUCAAGUCAAAGGACGACUACCGCGCCCAAGAAGACUCGGACGAUGAAGAGGAGGAAGAAAAACGAAAGAAGGUGGCGUUCACUGCUAUCAGCGCCAAGCCACACGGGCUGCAGUAUAUAGCCUAAAGCACUCCAUCCUUGAGAGGCUUUUUAUGGAAAUUUUAAUAGGUUGAUUUAGCUUGUAUAAUUAACAUUUAUCAAUAUUGUGUUUGACGCAACUUGUCCUUUUUUUAAGUGGCAGGUGCCACAAUUUCCGCGUAUUAUUGACUUUUAAAAUGGGUCAAGUAGAAUUUUUUUUUCGUGGAUUAUCUAAUUUACUUGCUAUCAAUAGUGUGUCUUUAAAAAUCAUUUAAAGUGUCGUUUAAAUUCGUUGCAAUGAAGGAGAGUGCGACUACUUGCUUUAAUAAAAUCUUUAA